AUGCAAAUGAAGGAGAAGCACCGGACAGGGGAAGGCUCCAACCGCGGCGGUGGUGACCACGGCGGCGGCGGCAAGCAGCCGGGAAAAGGCUCGGUGGACAAGAAGAAGGGGAAGAAGUUCAUUGACCUGAACGCUUGCCACAAGUGCAGCAAGGUCGGGCACUGGGCACGCGAGUGCCCGGAGCACAAUGAGAAGAAGGAAGAGGCACAUCUUGCGGAGGCCGACAGCGACGACGAUCACGCACUUCUGAUGGGAGUGUACUGCGCGAAGCAGAGUGGCGAGGAAGAGGGGCUGGAGGUGGAGCAGAGUCCUAUGCCACCGGUCGUCCAUCACCUUGACGAGUCGUGGGCGCAGGUUCAUCUCAGGGUCGCCGGAGAUGAGUCGGAGCAAAGGUGGUACCUUGAUUCUGGCGCGAGCAACCACAUGACCAAGUGUCGCGCCGCCUUCUCCGAGCUGGACGAGAAACAUGCUGUGAGCAUCAGGUUCAGCGAUGGCUCUCGGGUGGAGAUCCGCAGGCGAGGCACGGUGCUGUUCAAGUGCAAGAAUGGAGAGCACCGUGCGCUCUCAGAGGUCUACUACAUCCCCGAGCUUCGGUCGAGCAUCGUCAGCUUGGGACAGCUAGACGAGCAUGGUGCGGAGGUGCUCAUCCGUGAUGGCGUGCUUCAGAUCAGGGACCAAGACGGUCGUCUCCUGGCGAAGCUGCCUGGCGGGGAAGCAGAGGCGGCUGUCAUUCCCCAAAGAGGCGAAGUAUCGCGCGAGGACCCGCUCGAGCUGGUCCACAGAGACCUCUGCAGACCGAUUACGCUGACGACCCACGGCGGGCGAAGGUAUUUCCUCCUGCUCGUGGACGAUUACAGGCGCUACAUGGGGCUGCAGCUCCUGACAAGCAAGGCCGAGGCGGCGGACGCCAUCAGGCGCUUCAAGGCGCGGGUGGAGGUGGAGUCCGAAAAGAAGCUGAAGGUGUUGCGGACGGAUCGUGGUGGUGAGUUCACGGUGGUUGAGUUCGCCACCUACUGCGCCGAGGAGGGGAUGGGGCGCCAUCUCACUGCACCCUAUUCUCCUCAGCAGAACAGCGUGGUGGAACGCCACAACCAGACCAUUGUUGGGAUGGCACGUUCGAUGCUGAAGGCGAAGGGGAUGCCGGUGGCGUUCUGGGGCGAGGCGGUGAGCACGACCGUAUUCAUCCUCAACCGGGCUCCCACCAAGGCGCUGAAGGGGCAGACGCCGUUCGAGGCAUGGCAUGGGCGCAAGCCCAAUGUCUCGUUAAUGUGCACAUUCGGCUGCAUCGGCCAUGUGCGCACCACCAAGCCAGGCCUCAGCAAGCUGGAGGACAGGAGCACCAAGGCGGUGUUUCUUGGCUAUGAGGAGGGGUCCAAGGCCUAUAGGCUCCACGAUCUAGUUGGUGGGAAGGUGGUGGUGCCCUGGGACGUCAUCUUCGAUGAGGCGGCGGCCUGGAAGUGGGAGGAGACUGAAUUGGGGGAAGCACCAGAGGGCGGUGGCAUCUACGACACCUUUGCCGUCAAACACCUAGUGAUUCACGGCCACGGCACGGCGGCGGAGAAAGCCGCCAGAGCUAGCAGUCGAUGUGGACGUCGAAUCACCAGCUACAGCCGAAGCAGGGGAGCCACCCAAUCCAGGCAGGGCUGGGCACCUGGAUGCGCCCGAGCUGACCGGGGAAGGAUCCCUUGGUUCGCCCGAACAAAGGACACCGGCGGCAGCCUCAAUCGAGUACGCCUCGCCGUCGUCCAAUGUCUCUGA